ACAGUAAAAUCAAUUUCAUUCGGUUUAAUUUUUUGUAUAGUGAUGGAUUCGGUGAUUGCUCUAGUCGGCAAAGACUUUGUGUUGUCAGCCGCUGAUACUUCAAACGCACGUUCUGUUAUAGUAAUGAAAGAUGAUGUUGACAAAAUAAUGGAACUUGAUAGUCACAAGACCCUGGCGAUGGGUGGGGAACCUGGAGACUUUGUUCAGUUUACGGAAUACAUACAAAAGAAUCUUCACCUUUACGAAUUCCAGACAGGACUGCAGUUGAGUACUCACGCAGUUGCGAAUUUCAUCCGUGGUGAACUUGCUAGACUUAUUCGGGAAGCCCCAGUUUUAGCGAAUCUGCUUUUAGGAGGCUUUGAUGAAGUAUCUGGUCCUUGUUUGUAUUACAUCGACUAUCUUGGUACUCUGGAAAAACUUGACUAUACUGCUCAAGGAUAUGCUUCUUUCUUUAUACUUGGUACUUUGGAUCGAUAUUAUCAAAAGGAUAUCACGUUGGAACAAGGAAUAGAAUUGAUGAAACGUUGUAUUCAGCAGCUUGGUAAACGAUUCGUCAUCAAUCAAAGGAAUUUUAUAAUGAAGGUAGUCGAUAAGGAUGGUGUUCGCCAGAUAAAUUUUGAAUAAAGAGUUUGAGCUAUUUACUCGGUAGAGUUUUUCAAGUGUUUGUCAAUGACGUCGGAGGAACUUGAAUAAUGGGAGCAGCUGGAACCUUGAAACCUAUAAAGCGUUUGUACUCCAA